AUCUUAAACAAAAGGCAAUUAGUUCCCUCUAGUCAAGUAGUACUGCAAAUCCAGGCACCAUGGACGACAGGACUGAUAGAAAGCAAGCAGAGAUUUCUGGUAUGUCUCGCAUGAAGACGGAAUGCAUAGCCUUCACAGUUUCGUUGCAAGAGGGUUAUCGCUAUGUCAAGGCCUUCUUUGUUGGUCAGGCCAAGAAGUUGACGGCAAGAAAUGAGAAAGAAGCAGCAGAAGCAGACCUAGUAACUGCCAAAAUGCAAGUUGAAGCUACUGAUGCAGCCGAGGAUACCAAAAACAGACUCAACAAAUCAGUGUAAUUCUCAUUUCUCAGACACCCUGAAGCCUUCUAUUGCAGUACGGGUGCAAUACAUUUUAAUGAUAUUUAUAUUUUAAAGUUCAA